AUGUCGAAACUUUAUGCAAUUGUUUUGGUUUGGUUCGCCGCCGUUUGCCUAGUCCUGACCAAUGCAGCUCCAGCACAGCUACUGGACGCACAGACGGCCAUCAACAAGAUAAUAGACGCUUACAACAGUCGCUUUCCUGGACCGUCGCAGGUGUAUCCCUGGGAGGUGGCCACGCUCAUCGAUCCCAACACCUUUGUGCCCCGCCAAUUCUAAAAGUACCUGAGCGCAAGCCAAACCGUUGACCACCAUUUGCUGUGUUUUAU